CCCGUUGUGUCUACUGCCAUACUGCUCUUGCAGUCGAGGCAAGUCUCCCUUCAGAUUCAUCUCAAUACUGCGCAUGCGCCUUUUCGCCCACACCCACUUGAGCGAGGGGGUAGGGCUCGUUAACAAAAGGGGCAGAAUCAAUGGCCAGUACUCAGCCGUACAACAUUAUCCUGGCAGGCAAGUACGGAGUCGGGAAGAGCGUUUUAUUCCAACACUUGAGUCGAGACGCGACGAAGAGCAUUAGAGGUUGGGACAAGUACGAGCAUAUCGUGAGUCUGGGGCCAGAGGAUGUGCAGGUGGUACUCUGGGACACGGCCAAUAUGGAGAGGAACAACGUGCUCAGCGUGUCCAAGAGCUACUUCACGGAGUGUGUGGGGGUAAUGAUGGUGUACAAGAAGGGAGACCUUCAGUCUCUGAUGGAGCUGGAUGCCUGGUACAUCAGAGUGAGAGACAUCACCCAAUUCCGUGACGCCCUAGUCUUCUCUCUGUGGUGCAACGACUCAGACAGCUUCUCAGAUGAAAUCACACCAGAACAUAAACAGAGGUACAUGUCCAAGUGGGGAAUUCCCCCUGAACUUGACUUUAGCCUGGGCAGUGAAGAGGAGGAUGAGGAUACUCUUAUGAGACAGUACAAAAUGCUGGUGGAGACAGCCAGAGACAGGUGUAAUGCCUGUAAGACCUGCAGUGGCUCUCUUAAGCAGUCCACCAGACUCCAGGAAAAUAUUACUUUAUCGACAUCCACUAAUACAACAGAUAGUAUUCUAACAAAGAAGUGUUUUUGCAAAUGAAUAUUAGCUAAUAUUGUGUGAUGAGUAGCAGCACUUACUCUUGUGUGAAUACUGUUGUUUUGUUCUCUGAGUAUCUGGGGAGAUGAACUAAGAUGACGACGGCAUCCGUAUAUACUGUGGAAGUAGCUGUGGGACUAUAAUCGCGCAGACCCUGCGACUCCAUGUCGCCUGAGUCCCAAAGCAAUGGAUCUGCAGAAGAAGCGUAUCGUUGCGCUUGCGUGAUCAAUCCGUGUACGUACUUGUCACGUCCCAGAGACGGCGCACUCUCUCUCGUCGGAGCGAGCAGGGGCAAACCCUAUUCAUUUUCACUCCACUGCGUGGCUCUAUACAUACCAUGGCGACCUUCUCCAGGGGAGGCGAGGCCUGUCACUACAGCAUCAUCCUCGGUGGCCGGGUGGGGGUGGGCAAGACUGCUCUGUUCCACCGUAUCCUCUACGACUCCAUUCCCGAACAUCCUCGCUCUCCAACGGGUCAGUACGAGGAUGGACUAGAGAGGGGUGUGUAUUGUCUGAAGAUCAAUGGAGAGGAGGUCAAGGUGAGUCUAUGGGACACAGGAGGACUAGAGCGCUACACGGCCAUGACAGCAAACUACUUCCGGAACUGCCACGGAGUGGUUCUGGUCUACUCCCUGGAGGAAGAA